AUGUCCACGCCCAAGACAUCUUCCGAGAAAUGCCCCUACGCCACACCGCCAGCGCCCGCAACCAGGAAAGGCACACGGCAGGCCAGCAGCUACAGGCCGUCGUGUGCGGGGAGACACGAAACGCAGGUAUCGGGCUUCUCGCAGCCGGGCAAUGAGAGCAGCGGAGCGAGUGCUAGUGACAACAGCAACAGAGACCACCAGUCCUACUCCAUCUCCACGACGGCGCCGGCUGGGUUAACAGGAAGUGGCAGCAGCGACGCGCGGUAUAACAGCAGUUUCCUUGUCUCAAAAUCCGUACACAUGGACACACCCGCCGUCGUCUUCGUUGCGUAUAAACUACCGCUUGGGUUCCCCUUUGGUUUCCUCGCCGGCGCCGCGGUCGAACGGGCGGGACUGACGAAUAAUGGGCUUCGUGACUAG